AUGCUAGCGUUCUCGCUUCGUCUCAUCUCCCUUGCUCUUGUGUUGAACACCGUCGCUGCGAGGGACGGCUUCGAAUACCGCGCAAAGCACCGUGCGCACGGCAACUCAACCUUGCAGACGAGGAAGACCUGGACACUUGCGGAUAAAUAUCAGGGGCAGGACUUUCUCGACAAGUGGGACUUCUUCUCACAAGCCGAUCCUACGCACGGCUCAGUCAACUACCAGGACAAGUCGUCCGCUCAGAGCAAGAACCUGGCUUAUGUCCAGGACGAUGGUGCUUUUGUGAUGGCGGUCGACGACCAGACGCAGCUCAGCGUCGGAGACAAGCGUGAUUCGGUCCGCAUAAGCUCGAAGAAGUCCUACACUCAGGGCCUGUUCAUAGCAGACAUCUGGGCUAUGCCGCACGGCUGCAGCGUCUGGCCUGCUUGGUGGACAGUCGGCCCGAACUGGCCCAACGGUGGCGAAAUCGACGUCCUCGAGGGCGUACACGAUCAGCACGUCAACCAAUACACCCUUCACACCUCCCAAGGCUGCUCCAUCGACACCAGCGUCGACGUCACGGGCACGCUCGGCAACCAGCAGUGCGCGGUCGGCGGUGGCGACAACACCGGUUGCGCAUUCACUGACAGCGACCCGACCUCGUACGGAAAUCCAUUCAACGUCCUCGCCGGCGGUGUCUACGCCCACACCUGGACGGACGAGGGGAUCAAGAUCUGGCACUUUCCCAGGACGAGCAUCCCCGCGGAUAUUACAAGCGGUUCGCCAAACCCGGAUUCGUGGGGCGCGCCCGCGGCGUUCUUCAGCGCAAACAACUGCGACAUGGGGAGCCACUUCUACGACCAUGUACUAACGUUCGACAUCACGCUUUGCGGUGAUUGGGCAGGCAGCACCUACGGCAGCGCUGGCUGCCCUGGGUCGUGCGCAGAGCGUGUCGCUAAUCCCGCGAACUAUAAGUACGCCAAGUUCAAGAUCAACUACGUCGCUGUCUACCAGUGAUCGCAAUCACUUUCUGCGCCAGAGGUUGUGGACCACCGUCCCCGUAUUCUCCUGCAAACCUGCACUCCCUUCGCUUCAUUUAUUCUGCUAUUUAUGUAGGGCUUGUUGUUGCUUUAUGUAUUGUGUUGAGCGUUUGACGCCG